AUGACGGCCACGAGGGCACCUAGAAAUGAGCCGUGCGAGCUGAAUUCUGCAGGUUUAGAGCCAAAAGAAAGCAGGGCUCUCAGUGAGCGGACUGCCUUGGCGCACGAAAAGCCUCUCUUGAAAUCCAUCCGCGAGCUUUACUCCUGUAACCCUACGAAUGAAAGCUUCAACAUGUACUCUAGCGACGCGACCUUUGAAGACCCCAUCGGAACUCUGAAAGGCACGAGCGAGAUCCGAAAGCGUUUCGCCCGAUUAGCCAAGUUAUACAGCGCUGAAAUUUCAAAUUUCCGGGUUUUAGACAACCCCUCGAGUGUUCCUUCGACAAUCAUCCUGAUUGACCAGGAUGUAACCUACCACGAGAACGGGACCGGGGAUGUCAGGAAGUCGUCCUCAAAGACUAUCAAUUCGCUCCUCGUUUUCAAAGUCGACGGUAGGACCAAUCAGGUCACGAUGCACUGUGAAGACUGGAAUCAUCGGAAGUCCUCGACCGGGGAGGACGGGAUUUCUGACUGGAUGAAGGAACAGAGAAAGGGUUCAAAAGCCGCUGAGACCAGUUCUGCGGUGCGACGGAGCAAAGAUUGA